AUGGUUCGCUUACUUUGCACAAAUAAAUCAGACAACCUGAAAGAGGAAAGGAAUCAAUCUGCUAAACCAACUCUUGUUCAAAAGGAAGAGGAGCCCCAUCCAACCCACUCUUUUGAGUGGAAAUCAAGUGGCAAGACAGGCACACUUGUUUCCUGCCAAACAGCAGGAACUGUUGAGGACUCACUGAAAAGAAACGCACAGUUUAGAGGAAUAGCAAAAAAGAACAAAGACAAAGAACUUGUUCUUAUCAGAAAUGGGAAAGCUAUUAGUUCACACUUCCCAUGCAGCUUAAUUAAAGAAGAGAGUUUAACUGUCAAGUAUAUCAAAGCUUCACCAGAGAAACAAGAUGGUGGCUCUGUCCAUGUCACCAGAAAAGGCUCAUCUGAUGAGGUUUUGUUGUUUCAUGUUCUGGUGAGAGGUGGGAAGAAUAUAGUGAGAAUCAUGAGAAACCCAGAACUAAAAAGCCAUGUUCAGGAAAUUACCAUUUUUGCAUUCAAAGAUGAAACUGUAAAGCACGCUCUAAGAAGAGAUGCUCGAUUUCUGAAUAUUAUAUUCCAAAAGAACUGCAUGCUCUCCAACAUUUCUACUGAAGCCACUGUGGACAUGGCCAAUCUGGUGGAUAACCUCGGUGACAACACUUACAGAAUCAUACUGGGCAAUAAUUUACCAGCAAGUCUGCCUAGCAGCCUUGAAGAAGAUUUCACACAGACAGCUGAGUCUCAGAGAGCUGACUCUGGGAAAGAGCAGGAUCCAUCAGAGCAGUCAGUGAAUGACAAUGCCAACACAAGUGGUCACACAGCGCCAAAAAAUACCCCAAUGCCUAGCUCAGAAAAAAUGAAGCGUUACCUCUCUUCGGAGUUUGAAUAUAUAAUAAAAGGGAAGAAAACUGUUCAGAAGCUCUCUCGUACCCAGAAUCUCUUGCAUGUCGAGUAUGGCAAAAAUGCUCAGACGUGCACUGAAGUGAAAACCAUGAAGAAACUGAUGGAUCUCAGUAAUUCAGUUUGUCAGGUUAGAAUAAACGGCAGACCAAUGGCAAGUGGCUUUCUCCUAUUCGACAAGUUUGUCCUCACAAAUGGCCAUGUGGUCAAUGACAAUUAUAAUGACACUGAAAGGCAGCUUGAUGCCAGGGUCAUCGUCCAUUUCUCUUAUGAGAGUCUAGAUCAGACGGAGAGAGGACAGGAUUUGGUUGAAGAAGUAGAAGUAGAGGAGGUCGCUGGCUUUGAAUUCUCUACCGAGCAGAUGUAUGACUGGGCUUUGUUAAAGCUCAAGGAUGAUGUGAGGUUGCCUUAUCUGUUAAACAAAUGUGGAUACAUUAACCAAAGCCAUGGAGUUUGCAUUAUCGGGCAUCCUGAUGGUGGAGUGAAAAAAAUAGAUCCAUGCUUGAUUAUUGCAUCUGAAAAGCGAAUCGAGGUUGUGGACAAGAGCUUUAACAAAAAUCGAGAGAACAUUCAAUUGAUAACGCAGCGUUUCUUUGACGGUGUGGCAAAAUAUGUUGAGCAUCAAAAAAAUGUUCUAACUUACAAAACCUGUUUUUAUGGUGGGUCGUCAGGCUCUCCUGUCUUUGAUAAGGACUGCAAGGUUUUGGCAAUGCAUUCAGGAGGGUAUCUGUACGAAGAUACAAGGGGGGCAACAAAGAGUGUCAUCGAGUUUGGCUAUCCUUUAUCUAACAUCAUUGAACGCAUCAUAAUCCAGCUGGUUGAAAGAGAAAAGCUUGACGUGUUGAGUGCAUACCUCGCAUCUGAUAAUACACACCUCAAAACCAUGAGGAGGAAUGUGAAGAAACUGGUGGAGAGCAGAAAUCUCACAACAUUCAAAGCUGUCGUCAGCCGUCCACUGACAACGGAUGACGAGCGUUUGAAGGAGCUUUUUGAAUUCUUCCGUCAGAAAGAGGAACCUGUCCCAAUGGAAUUCUAAUUGAAUCAAUCAAUUACAGUGCUAACUGUUGACAAAAGACAGUCAGAAAACAGCAAGCGAAUCUGUUUUAAUUGAUCAGGACACUUUUGCUAACCACGCGAGGAAAGGCAGGGAGUUGUAGAGGGAUCAAACUGUGGCUGGUUUAUAAAUUGCUCUAAGCAACACAAAUCACUGGAGCUGUGUGCUUUUCGCCUGAUGUGCAACUCCAUAUACUUGUUUUUGUUGAGGCUGUAUAUCAAACACCUUUUUUUUUUUAACACAUUUAUCAUAGUAUGAGCUACAAAUUUUUUUUUAAUUGUCAUGUUUUCACCUUGUGUCACUGAGAUUUUGAUUCAGCCAUUUUUUUCAAGAAUGUAUAGGAUUUUGUGUGCAUUUGCUGUAUUUUGUCAUUGUAUAUCAUAUAUGUUGCUUAUUGUAUUGCAAAGGUCUACUGAAAGGAUAAUUGGGAUCUUAUCUGGUCAAAACUGGGUGAUACUUGUUUUUAUUACUCUGUAAGACAAUGAAAAAGAUGGAUGAGUGGACCUUCAAUUAUAUUCUUUCUUGUAUUGGUUUCGGUCGUCAUUUAAAAAAAAAAA